UUUGUUGUCUUUUUGCCUGCAGGAAGUUCUGAAAUAAAUCUAGACGGGAGGAUGUUCACUUUGUCUCGUAAUUAUGGAGGAGUAAUCUUCUAUCACCCCAAUUAUCAUUUCCAAACUCCCUACCCAACCAGAAGCUACAAAGUCGGAUCUCCAAACACCACCACCAAACAUCCAAACACCACCACCACCACCACCAAACCUCCAAAGACCACCACCACCAAAGCUACAACCACACAGAGUCCAACCAGAAGUGUGUCAGUGUGUCUGCGUUACAUGACUGACGCUGUGCAGCCAACCUUCCCACUCUUCACUCUCAGUCCAGACACAUCCUCUCUGAGUCUGCAGCGUAGCUUUGACACGUUCAUGCUGUCCUGUUAUGAUUCCUUCAGUGUGGACCUGCAGCCCAUUGUGCACUUAUGGCCAGACAUUAAGCAGGACAUCUGGACCAGUGUCUGCCUCACUGUGGACACCAGUAAGAGUGUGGUCCAGAUGUUCAGUGGCGGGUAUAUGAGCCCCAGGAAGGUGAUGCCUUAUCAGUAUGUGUGGUCAGGCGAGCCUGUGAUUAGUUUCCCAGGUUUUGAUGGUCAGCUGACAGACGUCCAGGUGUGGGACUAUCCUCUGCGAUAUAAAGACAUCUUCUACUACAUGAGCAGAAGUUAUUACGGGUCUUACAGUGGCUCCGUCAUCUCCUGGUCCUACAUCAGAUACGAUAACAGAGGAAGGGCAGUCUUGGAGGACAACUUUGACAUGCGAGCAAAAGUUGAGCAAGAGAGUAGACGGAAGGAAAAGAAGAUGAGAUUCUUCAGUGUGGAGGAAAACAAGCUGCUGCUUUAAUGACAGAAGAUGAAACUGUCCUGUGAAGCUGAGAUGUCUCUUUUCCCAGUGGCUAAAAACUGGAGGGUGGUCCCCUUCUUCCCCUUCUUCUUUUGUAUUAAUGUAUAUAUCAGAGUUCACUUCAUGCAGCUGUACAGUGUAAUCCAUUAUCUUUUAUCUUUUGUUUCACCAGCCUUUUUUGUUUUUGUUUGUUUUUUCGAUUAUAAUCACUUGAAAUCUGAAAUAUCGGUGGAAGUUUUCACAGAGGUGAAGGCUGAGGUUAAAUUUCCCUUUGACUUCUAAAGGACAGUCUUUUUGAAGCUACGGGAGUUGCCAUAUGAAAAAUUACAAUUUAAUGCACUGGCAAAAGUCCCGACUGUGAAUAUUUAAUCUCUUAUUUUACUUGGAAGUUUUACUUUUAAAAUAUGAAACACCAUAAGAAAAAACAACAAUUCAGCUCAAAUUUAUAAAGGAAUUCUGCUGUAGUCAGAGAAACCUGUCAGCAAGACUUACUGGGCUUACCCUGUAAAGGAAAUGAAGAAAUAAUUUACUUUAUGACUUAAAUAUCUAUCUAUGAAUUUAAAAAAAAAUGCUGUUUUCACUGUGUAAGAAAAUGAAAAUUAUAUUGUAAAUUGUGAAAAAAUUAUUAUCAAAAAUGAUUUACACAUUACUUAAAAUUACUUGCAGUACUUAAUUUGCUUGUAGUAUAACUAUUUCUUUGCUUCCAGUAAAGUGGACUGUCACUCCCUUA